CUCCCGCCCGGCCCCUCGGCUCCGGGGUCCCGGCGCCGCGGGCAGCCGGGGGAGGUUGAGCCGUAGCGGUGCCUCCCCCACGGAGCUCCAGCGGGCUGCCGAGGGGCCGGGGCCCCGGCCGUGCCCCGCUUUUGGGCAGGUAACCGGCGGCGGGGACGGGGCCGGGGCACGGCGGGCGCCGGGGAUCCUGCGUGCCCUCGCAGGGAGGCUGCGGGACCGGGGAACAGCUGGGCGGCUGCCCACAUCUGGAGCAGGGCGGGCGAGCGGGGAAUAAUCCGGGGGAUUAUGCACGCGGGCGCGGCACCCACCCCCCCGCGCCUGCCCUGCAUAUCCCCAGAUAUUCCAUAAAAACCUCAAAUCCCCGGUGGCAGCCCCGCGGUCUGCGCCAGCCGGGCCCCCCCGGGGCCAGGCAUGUCCUGCGGCGCGGGGGCGGCCCCCAGCCAUGGGCAACUGCACCAAGACCCCUGAGCGGCGGCUCCCCAAGGAUGGGAAGCCACGCUCGGGCGCUGCAGGCUCCGGCGCAGGGGACCCCGAGGACGUGCUGGACGCGGCGCAGACCCCCCCGAUGCAGGGGUACUCGGUGCUGCAGGGGCUGGUGGGGCCGGCCUGCAUCUUCCUGCGGCAGAGCAUCGCCAUCACCCAGCGGGACCGGGAGCUGCGGCCCGAGGAGAUCGAAGAGCUGAAGCAGGCGUUCCGGGAGUUCGACAAGGACCACGACGGCUACAUCAGCUACAAGGACCUGGGCGAGUGCAUGCGGACCAUGGGCUACAUGCCCACCGAGAUGGAGCUGAUCGAGCUGUCCCAGCAGAUCACCGGGGGCAAGGUGGAUUUCGAUGAUUUCGUGGAGCUGAUGGGCCCCAAGAUGCUGGCGGAGACCGCGGAUAUGAUUGGGAUCAAGGAGCUGCGCGACGCCUUCCGCGAGUUUGACACCAACGGGGACGGACAGAUCAGCAUGGCGGAGCUGCGGGAGGCCAUGCGCAAGCUCCUGGGGCAGCAGCUCAACUACCGGGAGGUGGAUGAGAUCCUCAAGGACGUGGAUCUCAAUGGCGAUGGCCUGGUGGACUUUGAAGAGUUCGUGCGGAUGAUGUCACGCUGAGGGACCCGAGCCCCCCGUGCCUUACGGAGACGAGGGGGCCACGGAGGGACCCCCGGCUGCACGGUGCCCGUGCCUGGGUGCCGGAGCUGCUCCCGGCUGAGGUCUGGCCGUGGUGGAGGCACCGGGGCCGAGGUCGGGAGCCUUUUCUGCACAGGCUCGGCCCAGCUUCGACUGCUCUCGCCCUCGUCUCUGCCCUCUCCCUGCAUCGUCCCCCUUCCCAUCCAGAGCUCACCCUGGAAGUCACACCAUCGUGGUCCCCUCUCCUUCGGCUGUUCCCCAUCCCUGCUGCUCAUCCCUCCAGCCUCCACUCCCACUCCGUGUGCCGCACUGAGCCCCUCUGGCUGCCCCCACGCAGGGUUUAAUGCGGGCUGCACAGCAUAACCCGCCCCGUCACCAUGGCUGGAGCUCAGACCCACCCAGACCUGCCCGGGGUGAGGCAUCCCUGCAUCCCUGCAUCCCUGCAUCCCUGCAUCCCUGCCCUUUCGGGGCUGGCACAGACCCUCAGGGAUGUUCUGCCAGCCCCCAGCACAGGGGGACUCCUGGCAGCCCAGCCAGGAGACCCCCAGGAGAGAAAUAAAGCAUUCCUGGGUGGAAGGGCCUCAGCCAGCUGCAGGCAGGGCCGCUGUAGGUACCCUCCCUGCCCUGGCUGCAGUUUUGGGGCCAAUUUUGCCCUUUUGAAAUGAUAAAACUCUCUCCACAGACUUUUGCUUUGUGUUUUGUGUUGUUUCCAAAGAGUUUAUUCGUGAUCGUGCCAUCCACUGGUAUCCCCCACAACCCUGGACUUGAGUCUCACGGGAGCCCCGCAGGGAGCCGGGACCGCGGGCACGGGGCUCCGGGGAAUGCACGGCCGGCGGGUGGGGCCGGUUCCCCGAAGUCCGGGCCGGGGUCCAGCCCCGCAGGGUCGGGGCGCCCUGACCGGCGGCGGCUCGGGGCUGUGGGGUCCCUUGGUGGCGGUGCCGCUCCCGGUGCCCCCCCCGUGCCCCGAGGCGGUGCCGCCGGUCGGUCACGUGACCCCCGGGAGGGCCCCCGCCGGGCGAGGGGGCGUGGCCUCGGCAGCAGUCACGCGGUGGGCGAGGCGCCGAGGGGGCGGGGCCGACGCCGCGGGUCUCCACGGUGACCGGGCGGCGGGCGCGCGGCGGCGUGAUGACGUCGCGCUCGUGACGCGCCUGCGUCAUCACCGCGAGCGCCGGCGGCGGAGGGGGGAGAGACCCGGGUCAGGCCGGGGCCGCGCAGCGCUACCGGGAACCGGGGCCGCCGCGCUCCGCUCCGGUUCCCGGCUUCCCGCCGGGCCGAGCGGGGCCGAGCUGAGCUGAAGAGAGGCGGGCACCGGCGAUACAACCGGCGGGGCGAGCGCGGGGGCCGCACGCCGACCCCCGCCGCGGGGCUCCAGG